AUGAGUGCUCAGCCUGAUCAUAUCAACGCAGUGGUUAUAGGACAUGUAGAUAGUGGGAAAUCCACUACUACCGGUCAUCUCAUUUACAAAUGCGGUGGCAUUGACAAACGUGCUAUCGAAAAGUUUGAGAAAGAGGCUGCUGAGAUGGGUAAAGGUUCUUUUAAAUAUGCUUGGGUACUGGAUAAACUGAAAGCAGAACGCGAGCGUGGUAUCACAAUCGAUAUUGCACUGUGGAAGUUCGAAACCAAUAAGUACCAAGUCACAGUUAUUGAUGCGCCUGGCCAUCGUGACUUCAUCAAGAACAUGAUCACAGGAACAAGUCAGGCUGACUGUGCAAUGCUGAUUGUUGCGGCUGGUGUUGGUGAGUUUGAAGCUGGUAUUUCCAAGAAUGGUCAAACAAGAGAACAUGCAUUGUUGGCAUACACGUUGGGUGUCAAGCAGUUGAUUGUCGCAAUUAAUAAAAUGGACUGCACUGAACCACCUUUCUCUGAAGAUCGCUACAAAGAAAUCGUCAAAGAAGUGUCCGGCUACAUUAAAAAAGUCGGGUACAAUCCCGCUGCUGUUCCAUUUGUGCCGAUCUCUGGCUGGCAUGGUGAUAAUAUGGUAGAAAGGAGUACAAACAUGCCUUGGUUUAAGGGUUGGGAAGUUACUAGAGUAAAGGAUGGAAAGAAUGUUACUGACAGUGGCUUCACAUUAAUAGAAGCAAUAGAUAAGAUGAAUCCACCCACAAGAAUGACUGAAAAACCAUUGAGAAUACCACUACAAGAUGUUUACAAGAUUGGUGGCAUUGGUACCGUUCCUGUUGGUCGCGUAGAAACUGGAAUUAUAAAACCUGGUAUGGUCGUCACCUUUGCUCCGCAAAAUUUGUCAACUGAAGUCAAGUCAGUCGAGAUGCACCACGAAGCACUCACCGAAGGUCUCCCUGGAAGCAAUGUUGGAUUCAAUGUGAAGAACGUGCCUGUCAGUGAAAUCCGUCGCGGCAAUGUUGCAGGUGAGAUCAAAAAUGGCUAUUCUCCAGUCCUUGAUUGUCAUACUGCACAUGUUGCCUGCAAAUUUAGUGAAAUAACCGAGAAGCUUGAUCGACGUUCAGGGAAGGUGAUUGAAGAAAAUCCAAAGUUCAUUAAAAAUAGUGACGCUGCGAACGUGAAACUUGUACCGUCCAAACCCAUGUGUGUUGAGACAUUCCAGGAGUACCCACCACUCGGUCGCUUUGCUGUUCGAGAUAUGAAGCAAACAGUAGCUGUCGGUGUCGUUAAAAGUGUCGUCAAGAAAGCUGAUGCGGCUAAAGUUACAAAGUCUGCUGCAAAGGCUACAAAGAAAAAACAUCACCGCACUGGAUGAUUUCCACUCAUGCUAAACUUAUUCAUAACUUUCAUUUUUUCACCAAAUAUAUGGUCGUACAACUUCUGAUAAUGAGAUAAUCAGAGAGAAGAAUUUCUUCCUUUGAAAAUUUAUUUUAACUCAACAUUAGUUUGAUACAGAAAGAUUUUCAUCUUAAAAGGUUAUGUUAUCCUGUCCACUUAAACUUAUGAAUGCUAUUUUGGGAUUAAAAAGCAGUCCCAUAAACGAAAUACUCCUUAUUGCAUUUUGUCUGCUAACUACAUAUGUAGAAUAGAAGAUAUCGCACUUAUGUCUUUAUAAAGUCACUUUUGUGGGUUUCAGAGAAAAUACAUAGCUCGCAAAUCAACAGACAAAGUUCAUGUUCAAAUGAACAACAAGUUCCUAUAAAGACCGGUAGUUAUAAAAAACAUGCAAUUUAACUAUUGUCUGCUGUUUUCACAUAAGUCAGUAGUAUAGACAUGCAUAUGAAGACAUAUGGAGGAUUGAUAUCAACACUAAUUGAUUGUUUAAUCGAUACACUCAUAACCUGUAGUUGUUUAGACAGGACUCUGUAUUAUGUGACUUUCAUCAAUAUGGUUUAGGAAGUUGUUUGAUCACAUGCCAACGAGAGAUUUAAUUUAUUAUGCUAAAUCGCCGGAUUUGGUUGAUGUGGUUUUUAUUAUUAUGAUUACUGGUAACAAUAAUGCGACUUAGAUCUAACAAAUGUCUAGAUAUUUUUUAGAAAUAUCGAAACAAUAGUGUCUAUUAA